UACAUCAGUGAGCUCAUCCAGAUUGAGGAUCAGGCACGUAAGCUGAUCGUCCAGGCGGUGGAAAGCGAGAGGCGCCUCCGAGACCUGGAAACACGCUACGGAGAGACUGAGGCAUUGCUGGCACAGCCAGAUUACCAAUCGGAGCAGAGGAAGCUUGUCGGAUGCAUCUCAUAUUUGAAUUCAGUUGCGAAUUUUCGUCGAAAGGGUCGUGAUGACCUGCCGGCCGAGGUCUUGUUCGAUGCCGUGCGGACUAUACAGCGCUGUGAUGCUGCUGAGAGGAAUGGCCAGAGCACCGAACUUUCCGCAGCUGCACGAACGCUCUGCGGAGAUGUGGUGGAGUCGUUCGUGGCCAUGCGUUUCUACUUGAGAGAGAUUGGCAAGUGCCUAGAAAGGGUGGACCCGCAUCUUUGCAACAAUGCGGGCCUUGUCACAAGGUUGGUCGAUUGGGAGGAAAGCUGGGAGGUGGGCGCCCGCUAUGUGCAGAACGAGUUGUUGCUGAAUGGCAUCUGCGAUCUCGUGGCCGAAAUUCGGUUAGCGCAGCAUGUUGCGCCAAAUCUGCGGACGAUGUGCGAGGAGUGCGAUGUGGACCUGUUCCUGGUGAUGCCGCGUGUGAUCUGGCUAAGGGGCCUGAUAAAGCCACAAGGCCAGAUACAGGUCUUCAAGAGCUUACUGCCUCAUCGGUUCCUCGAUCCACCGUUGAUUGGCGAAGCUUGGAAUGUGGAUACCGAGCUAGCAAACUUCGUGGAGUUCUUCAGAACCGUCUACGGGACGUUGAUGAGCAACUGGCGUUCCGCGGCACGUGUCUCUGAACGCGCGGCCUGGGAGAUUCUUGUGAAGCGGGUUGUCAACGGUGACAGCGAGACAGAAAAGGAGGACAUCUACGGCCCCUUGGCCACCAAUGUCCGGCAGCAGGCGGAGUCUGCAGUGGAGGAGCUAGUGAACAAGAUGGAAGGAUGGAGCAUGGAAUUGCAAAGACACUGCGCGGAAGAUUGGAACCAGUUUGCCGGGAUUCUUAUACAAUGCCUGUCUGGUGAAAGGAAGAAGGAUGCAUCGCAGAUGCAGUUCCAGGUUUGA